UGCAGGCAGGGCCGGGGUGUUGGGGCACGGGGGUCCCGGCACGUGGGCGCACCCCCCCAUUCCUCCCCCCUGCGUGCUGCCGCGCGGGGCUAGGCCGCGAGAGGCCCGCGGCUCGGCCCGGACGCCUGGGCCCCCCGCUCUAGCUCUGUCACUGGAGCCGGGUAACGGUGCUGGGCCCUUUUCCCCAGCGACGCGUGACGACGGCCGGAGCGGCGCGGCAAUUGGCGGCGCGCGGGAUGCAGCCGCCGGGCGCGGGGCCUGGCGGGUGCCGGGCGCGGGCAUGGGUGCCGCGGGCGGGUGCACGGCGCUGGCCGCCGCGCUGCUCUGGGGGGCCCUGGCCGUCGCCGGGCCUGACGAGCCCGUGGCGCACGUGCUGCAAGAGGUGCUCUUCUGCCAGCCCGACCUGCCCUCGCUGGGGCUGACGCUCACCUUCGACGGCGACGAGCUCUUCUCCUACGACUUCCCCUCGGCCCGCUGGCUCCCGCGGCUGCCCGAGCUGCCGCCGGCGCCCGCCGCCCUCGGGAGCCCCGCGGCGCUGCUGCGUGACGCCGACUUCUGCCAGCACCUCCGCCGCUGGCUCAGCACCAUCGCCCAGGGCGUCCUGCCGGAGUCUAAGGGCAUCCCCAUGGUGGACGUCUUCGCCGCCCGGCCGUUGCAGCUCGGCCGCCCCAACACGCUCGUGUGCAUGGUGGGCAACGUCUUCCCGGCGGCGGCCAGCGUCUCGUGGCAGCGGGGCGACGGCGCCAGCGCCGGCGCCGCCGUCAUCACGGGUUACGCGCCCGCCGGCGACUUCACCUUCCUGCUCUUCUCCUACCUGCCGGUGACGCCGCGCCGCGGCGACGUCUACGCCUGCACCGUCACCCGCAGCCGCGAGAACGUCUCCGUCGUCGCCUACUGGGUGGCCCAGCACGCGGUGCCCUCGGAGGUGCUGGAGACGGCGCUGGGCGCCGCCGCCGCCGCCCUGGGCGUCCUCCUGGCGCUGCUCGGCGGCGUCCUGCUGCUCGCCGCCCGCCGCCGCCGCCGCCGCCGCUCCUACGAUUGAGCGUCGCCGGCGUCGCCGAGAACCUCCGGGAUGGCCCCGUGCUGCUAUUAAAGACGUCGCCGGCG